AUGGCCGGCCUCCUGCGGCUCGCCGGCGCCGCCAGAUCCUUCUCCCGCGCGCUGGCCCCGGCCGCGCCGCACCACCGCAGGCUCGCGGCAUCGGCGGCCGCCCUGGCGGAGGACGAUGCGUGCUGGACCGAGUGGGAGGAGGAGGAGGAGGAGGCGCGGCGGCAGCGCGCCCGCGCAUCGGCGCCCGCCGCGGAGUCUUGCCCGGCGGACGGCGGUCCCAGGGGCGUGCAGUGGGUGGUGAUGGGCCGCCCCGGCCCGCAGAAGCACGCCCACGCCGCGCGCCUCGCCGAGGUCCUCGCCGUGCCGUACAUCUCCAUGGGCACGCUCGUCAGGCAGGAGCUCAGCCACACAUCCUCGCUCUACAAGAAGAUUGCUAAUUCGGUGAAUGAAGGGAAGCUUGUGCCAGAGGAUAUCAUAUUUGGGUUGCUGACUAAGCGUCUCGAGGAGGGAUACUGCAAGGGUGAAACUGGAUUUAUCCUUGACGGAAUCCCACGUACCUGUAUGCAAGCUGAGAUUCUUGAUGAGAUCGUUGACAUCGACUUGGUUCUGAACUUCAAAUGUGCUGAUAACUGUUUCAUGAAGAAGCGAUCAGGAGGUGACAUAUGUUCCCACUGUGGGCAGCAUUUUGGUGUCAGCAGUCUGGUGUCUAGGGAGCGUAAUCUCUCCCUUGGAAGCUCUACAUGGCCUGCUCAGGCACAACAUGCUUCUGUUAUAGGCCUGGAAAACCCAAGGAUGGAGAAGCUGCGUGCUUAUGCUGAGCAGACCAAGCAGCUGGAAGAUUACUACAAGAAGCACAGGAAACUUGUGGAGUUGAAGACAUCCGCUCGCCCUGGUGAAACCUGGCAGGGGCUCGUGGCUGCCCUCCACCUCCAGCAUGUAGACCCAUCCCCAACACCACACAAACUCACUGUGUAA